CUGUUUCAUAUCUAUUCUUUAAUAGAAUAAAAAUGUUUACCGUGCUCCAUCCUGAAAUAAAUAUUACAAAUAUCCAUAAUAUUCUGCAACAAACAACAAACUUAAGUUAUUUUUCUGAACAGCUGAAUUAUAAAUUUUUUAAAACCUACCCCUUAUUCUUAACAAAAGCUAGAAUAGGUCCAGCAAAAGCCUUGACUGCUUUUCCACACAUUUUUCUUCGAUUUGAAAAUGCUAUUUUCACAAUUACUUUACUGUACCUAUGUCCUGCAUGCAAUAAUAUAUAUAUAAUUAUAUGCAGUACAUGUAUAUAUGUAUGUCUCAGUCCGGCACGCAAUUUUAGAAUUCAUACCCCAUCCUGUAUCUGAACACCAAAUAAGGCACGCGAUGUUUUAAGAUAUUACAUUACACAUAAUAAAUGGAAGUUUAAUAUUUAGAUUUUUUUCGAAGAUAAGGAUCACAUAUUUGAAUAAAAUUAUAUGAUGUAUAAUAUUCAUCUGAGGUGCAUUACUGAAAAUGGAAAACAAUUUUUUAGAUCUAAAAUAAAUGCAUUCAAAAAGAAAACGUUUUAUUUUUUAAGAAGUAAAAAUGCCAUGGACCUAUUUUUUAAAAUUAAUUUUCUGAAUCUUUUAACUCAUACCCAUUAUAUUCAGUUUGAAAAGAAUACUUAUAUGUCGAUCAUAUAUUUUCCAAAGUUCUAUGCAUUGAACUUUUUCAUAAGGGUAUUUUUAAUUAGACAUUAAUGUUUCAUUGGAAAUUAAUCCUGUACACAUUUUUUAGAUUUGUAAGACAUUUUUUAAUUAGGCGUAUUAAUGGGUAUCUGCGAUGUCUUAAAUAAGGCAAACUGACUUAUUGAUAAAGUUAACACACUUUUAAGAAAGUGUGUUCAAAUACAUAUAUGUAUGGAUGUAAAGAUUUAACAAUUAUAACAGAAAGAUGAGGUUGUCCAAGCGUUGAGUUUUAUGCUCCACAGAACACACGCAAACGUUUGAAUGCAGCAUCUGAGAACUAAGUUAACAGCAAUCAUUCACACAGAUCAUAUAGAAAAAUAAUAAUAAGAAUUUCAAAAUUUUUAGGUAAAUUACGUUAUUUUCCAGAAUAAUUUUAAGGUAUUUUAUGAAAUUUUUUUUAUUAAAUUACUUUAACAAAACUACUAUUAUCAAAACUGUGAAUGAUUUACAAUGUAUACAUCUGCCCUAAUUGCAUGAAAACACAUUGAUUGCGAACCAAGUAUCAAAUCAUUUUGAUGAAAAACUAAUGCUAGUAGUCUUUAGUUGUCUGCAGCAAAAAGUAUUCAUAGAAAAUGUGGAGGAAAGUGAAAGACAGCAUUAUUGUCAUUUAUAUGACAAUAGGACUGUUUUCUAUAUUGCUUAAUAUAAAGUCAUCUUCUACGUAUAUGAGGCCAAAACGUCAGAUGUGGGCUGUGGAACAUCCAGCGAUUGUUUUAUACAGACAGCAUCCUAAUGCUAUGCGAAACUUUUAUUGGUACAAUACCAGGACUCCAAUUAUGGUGGGAAAAAUGCGACUGAAAAAUUAUUUGAGCAAUAUGCAUAUGCUACCAAGAUAUGUACACUCACCCUCUCCCGCUCAAUACCAUGAAUCUUAUGCAAAUUCAAAGAGGAGCGUCUUAAGGGACAUGAGCAUUGUUCACGGUUUCAGAGCCAGUUCGACACCUUCUACUACUACUACGAUAAAUUACAUCGCACCCCCUAUUAAUACAAUUGCAUAUAGUUCAGGUCCCGUAAACCCACCAGUGGAUUUCAAUAUGGCUCCCGUCAACUCGUUCGUACCGUUAACGGCGGGAACGAGAACUGCCUCAAACGCAGAAAGUUUGAUUGGCGUUUCUAAUCAGUGGAACUAUUCCGACUACUCAAAUGAGAGCUGGAAAAAGUGCCCGGAUCGCAACCGAAUAAUAAACAUUGCUGGUAGAUCCUCGGAUAAAUGUUUAAAAAAAUCAUUCCAAGAUAGAAAUCCAAAUGACCUGUAUAGCUCUCACAGUACUACAAAUUAUGAACUACCAUUGGCUACUACAACGACUAUGCCUUAUUUUAAUUAUGUUGCUCAUACUUACUUUACCCUCGACGAUGUAAUUCUGCCCCAUUCUGCACCUAAAUUCACAAAAUCUCAAACAAAAGACCAACAAUUUCGCCCUAGUCAUCAAGUAUUUACAACAGAAAUUCCACCAGAGAUUGUAACAGAACUUUUUCAACGCACAACGCAGUCAAUCCCAAGCAGCAUAGCAACAACAGAAUAUUCUAUGCCAUCGAAAACAACUUUUUUUGAUAUGGAAUAUAGCACCACACCAAGUUGGGUUAGUUCAUCAACCUCAACUACAACAACAAGAACAACAACCACAACAAGUCCUCCUGGUUGGACAACAUUGCAACCAGUACAAAACAACUUUACAGCAAAUAUAAAAAACGAGUCCUAUAAACAUAGAUUAAAAUCCAUGAAAGCUACAAAAAACUUUUCAUCAAAUAUUGAAACUAAAUUGAAACUGUUAAAGCUUCAUCUUAAAAACUUAGUUACCACAAAAGAAACUCCUAUUCAGAAUGUGACCAAAUCAGUUGUAUUCGAAGGCAACAGCACCUUAAUCGAUUCAACAACAGCACCUACACCUACAACCAGAAGAUUAAAUGUAAAUAGAAAAUUGAGAAAACUACGAGUUUUAGCCUCAACUAAAAAAGUACCCCUUCAAACAUCAAGAAAUUCAACAGAUUCCAAUAAAAUAAAAGGGGAGUACAAGAAGUCUAAAAGAAUUUACCAAAGACGAAAGCACUUAAAUUACACGGUUGGACCAGAACCAACGACAAACAUGAAAGUCGAUAACGAUUCGAUCAAUAAAUUUAAGCGCCGAGAAACGCCAAGCACGCGAAAGUCGCCAAAUGUUGAUGAAAAUGUCAUUACUCGAAACUCGACGAAAUUAAUACGACCUAGCCCCACUCUUGCAAAAUCUAGAUCUGAUAGAUUAGUAGAAGAUAAAUCCGCUUUAGUUACAGAAUCCGCAAUUAUGACCAUAUCCAGUGGUUCUCUAAAAAUAAGACAGCCCAUUACUAAAGGCAAGUCAAAACAGCAUAGCCCCAGAAAAGUAAACCAUUUCGAAAAUGAUAAUUUUAUACCGUCCUUGCCCAUUGAAGUAUAUUUUAAAAAAGUAAAUCAGCAGUAAAUAGAAAUAGUCUGAAUGUCUUGUCUGAAUUAACAGAGAAAUAUUAAAUAUUAUGUACACUUACAAGCACCAUUAAAAAAAGCGUUUUUUAUUAUAAUGUGUUUGGCC